GCGCGGUACGAAUAUGGUUGAAUGCCCCCCCGCCCGCAUUCAAUGCGGAGGCCGUCAGCUCUCUCUCCUUUUCCAUUCCGUUCGACGCCCUGCCCUCUCCACAGGUUAACGCUGCGGCACUGCUUCUUCCCUCCCCUACUCGUAACCCACCCACCCAACCACCCACUCGUUAUUUUUCUUGGUCUCCCAACCGUGCUCGAUAUAUUUCUCUCUUUGCUGAUAUAUUUCCUCCCAUUCCCCAACCCGAACUCCUCUACUCCUUUCUCUUGGGAGUCGUGGUGGAUAUGGCAGAAGAGGGCGCCGCCGAUGACAUGACCGCACCGGCAUCGGCAUCGGCAUCGGAUCCUCGCCAGGUCGUUCUUAUCUCCGCCGGAGCCAGCCAUUCCGUCGCCCUUCUCUCUGACAAUGCGGUCUGCUCUUGGGGAAGGGGUGAAGAUGGACAAUUGGGCCAUGGAGAUGCUGAAGAUCGACAUCUUCCGACAUUAUUAAGUGCAUUGAAUAGCCGAGGCAUUGUGUCUGUUACUUGUGGAGCUGAUCACACAACAGCAUAUUCUGAACCAGAAUUGCAAGUUUACAGCUGGGGAUGGGGUGAUUUUGGAAGGUUAGGGCAUGGAAACUCUAGUGAUGUCUUUACUCCACAAUCAAUCAAAGCAUUACAAGGAUUAAAGAUUAAACAAAUUGCUUGUGGUGAUAGCCAUUGUUUGGCUGUCACUGUAGAUGGGCAGGUGCAAAGUUGGGGGCGGAACCAAAAUGGGCAACUUGGUCUUGGAACCACUGAAGAUUCUCUUGUGCCUCAAAGGAUUCAAGCCUUUCAGGGAAUUGCUGUCAAAAUGGUUGCAGCAGGUGCUGAACAUACUGCUGCAGUUACCGAAGAUGGUGAGCUCUAUGGUUGGGGUUGGGGCCGGUAUGGAAAUUUGGGUUUAGGUGACCGUAAUGACCGGUUGGUCCCAGAGAAAGUUUCUGCUAUAGAGGAGCAGAAGAUGGUGCUUGUUGCAUGUGGGUGGCGUCAUACAAUAGCUGCGUCUGCCUCUGGGAGCUUAUACACAUUUGGAUGGAGCAAAUAUGGUCAAUUAGGGCAUGGGGACUUUGAGGAUCACCUUAUUCCGCAUCAGUUGGAAGCAUUAAAAGAUAGUUGCAUUUCUCAGAUAUCAGGUGGAUGGCGACAUACAAUGGCACUCACAUCAGAUGGAAGGCUUUAUGGAUGGGGAUGGAAUAAGUUUGGACAAGUUGGUGUGGGUGAUAAUGUUGAUCACUGCUCUCCAGUAGAAGUUAAAUUUCCAGACGAACAGAAAGUUGUUCAAAUCUCAUGUGGAUGGAGGCACACUCUUGCUUUUACCGAAAGAAGAAACGUAUUUUCAUGGGGAAGGGGUACUAGUGGACAGCUUGGCCAUGGAGAUAUUUUUGACCGGAACAUUCCCAAGAUGAUCGAGGUUUUAAGUGCGGAUGGGUCUGGUUGCAAGGAACUAGCAUCCUCGAAAGUGGAUUUGACAGGCAAGGUCUGGAUUUCGCCAUCUGAAAGAUAUGCUAUUGUUCCUGAUGAAACUGUAACGAGCGUAGCAGCAAAUCCGAUCAGGGGCAAUGGGAAUGAUGCAAAUGUACCAGAGGGUGAUGUCAAGAGAAUUAGGCUCUAGUUUGUCUUCGUCCCACAUGCCAUGUGUCAUGCAUGGCAUUUUGCUGUGUUUCCUCUGCAAUAAACUGAUGCUUUUGUUUUCUAUGAGAAGAUUAUAUCUCUUUCAUUUUCCCCUUUUUUUCAUUGUUGAUGGAUCGUUGGCUGCUUUUGGGUUGCACAAUGAAAUAAUCAUGGGUUUGCCUUCAUUGGUUGUGCAAUGAAAUAAUCAUAUUAUAAA